UUGGCGUGUCGUAGGCCUGAUUGUAGAUAAUCGUUGCGUGACUAUAACACAGAUAUAUUCUGUGGUACUACACUUACUGAUAAGCGUCACCGUGCCAAUAUAUUAUCUUAAGUCGAUCGUUCUUAGAUUGUUCCUAAUUAAUAACUUGUCAUUUUUACGUUUGAUACCCACGACGUUUGCUUUCCAAUUUAUUGAUUGUUUCUUUUAUUACUGUUGUAUACUCUAUAGUACUUUCGUUCUACAGUUUUCUUGCACUACUAUUGGAAUUAAGUGAAGAUAAAUAUGGCUACCAAGAAAAAUGCAUUUUAUAUUUUCUUGACUGAUUAUAGAAAUGAAGAAAUUAAUAAAGGAAAUAAACCUUCUAGUUUUCAACAAUUAAGUAAUAAAUUAGCACCGAUAUGGAAUUCUAUGACUGAUGAAGAAAAAAAUAAAUAUAAAGUUCUUGCACGUAAAAAUAAUUCAAACCAAGAUAAUGAAAAGCCGUUUACAAAAAUUAGUGAUCUACGUAAUAAUAGCAAUGAUUUUUCGAAUAUGCAGAAAUAUUUGACCAAGAUGUUUGAAUUUAUUCCAAAUGAUAAGGAAUUAUUUGAAAAGAAAUUUAUUUUAUUGCAUAUUAAUUGUCAUACCCAUAACGGAGAACAAUAUUAUUUUCCUGCUGAAAUAGCAGCAGUAGAAUUUAAUUUAAUAAAUGGUGUUUCUCGUACAUAUCAUAAAAUUAUUGGUAUUUCUAAAAUUUACCCAAGAGGUUUUGCUGGAGGUAUGAGAGAAUAUUCCGAUCUAUUUCAUCAAAUUUAUUGUUGGCAUGAACAUCCGGAUGAUUAUCAAAAUAUAUUAUUGGAAUUUUUAACAUUUUUAAAGGAUGGACAAAUCAACCAUACUGAUUUUCAAAAUGGCACAUUGGACUUACCAUAUUUAUACACUGCAGAGACAGAAAUCGGCAUGGAUAUAAUGAAAACUAAAAGUAGUUUGGAAAGACUUUACUCUACGGUUUUCCCAAAAGAUGAUGCUAAACAUUAUAAGCCUAUAUUCAAAAUAGGAAGUAUUAAUCAAUUAUUGUUGGAAAUCAAAAAAAAAAUUAAUGUACACUUGGAUCCACAAAAUAUAAGACCAGGAAUGUCAGUUCAAGACAUAUUAGAAUCUGAUAUGUUUGGACAUGGUCUUGGCUGUACGUACCAUGAAAUGAAAGAUAUUGCAUUCAAAUGUUCCAAAGCCCGUGUUAUUCAGUGGAUGUCUAAUAUUUGCAAGCAUGUAAGUACAUAUACUAGUUUACAGAUUGUACCUGGCAGACACAUAGCAGCUCAAUUAAAAGAUGGCUCAAAAAUGAUUAUUGAAAAUGCAAAUUUACCAUUCACCAAACAAGAUCUAAAAUUAAUAGAUAUAAAUACUCCAAAGGAUGAUAUUAUAUUGUCUAACUGUAUCAAAUCAUCAAUUCUUGCACAAACACAACAAGAUUCUUGCUCAAGUGACGAAGAAAAUAAUCUAUAUUGAACAUAUUAAUUCAUUUAAACAGUCAAUGAAAGAAACAGUUAACACAUC